AACGUCAUGUUUGCUUUCUGGAUCACAAAGCUGCAGGAGGAGAGUGGUGUUGGGUAAUAGGCAAAAAUCAAGAGAGGCAGAGAUCUGCGCAUCACUGACUUACAGCGCGGACACCAUCUCACCCAGAUAACGCACGUGUCCCUCAGGCACAGAGAACCAUGGCGUUUACAGGGUUGCUGAGAGAGGAGGACAUCAGGGCUGCCGUCAAGGCUUGUCAAGCUCCAGGCACAUUCAACUUCAAGUUGUUCUUUGCACAAGUGGGACUGACCGGCAAGCCAGAGGCAGAGGGCCAACGGGUGUUCAGAGUCCUGGACCAAGACCAGAGUGGAUACAUAGAGGAGGAGGAGCUGAAAUUAUUCCUGCAGAACUUCUCCUCAGGGGCCAGGGAGCUGACUGAUGCUGAGACCAGAACUCUCCUAGCGGCAGGAGACAGAGACGGGGAUGGAAAGAUAGGGAUGGAAGAGUUCUGCGCUUUGUUGAAAUGAAGCUUUCACUCCUCAUCAGGGCUGUCUCUUUUUUUUCUUUCUUUUGGUACUUUUUACAACGUCUGGAACCCAAAACGUCCAGAUUCAGCAAGUCUGGAGGGAAAUGCCCACCUCAGCGACUCGAUUUACAUGCCUGCUGGUCCUCUCCCCGGUUGAUGGUGCAUCUUGGCACAUAAGUUCGUAGCCGUGGAUAUUAGGUGUAUAAGUCAGUAUCAGUCUAUCCAUUGGGUAACUGGUACGGUUUAAUAAAGGAUUUAAAACGUA